GAAACGGUGACAGAUUGCGCCCAUCGAUUGGCUCAGAAAUGGACCAAUGGGGCUUCAGCAGCGGCGCACCGCCUGUAAAAGCGCGAAGACGGAGGCAGCCGCUCCCCGUUCGCUCUCGGCGUUCCGGGCUGCCGGUGGUGCUUCUUCCUCCGCUUCUCGUCUACGUCGACCGCGGGGCCGCGUUCAGGUGGUGAGGUGUACAGUGGUGGAAGAAGUUUAUUGCCUGGUGUUACGCUCUCCCAGUGACUGCAGAGAUGGAGAGUGAGCAGAGAGCUGAGCAAGGUGCUGAGCAGUACCAGUGCUGUGGGCUCCUACAGCAAGACCUGACAGAGCUCUGUGCCUGGGCUGGCAUCACUUCCAUCCCCAGGGUCACUGUGCGGCCUUCCUGUGCAGCAACUGAGGGUGCAGAGCCUUGCAGACUGGGAGAGCGCUGCAUCCAAGUAGAGCUGCAGAAUGACAGUGACCCACGGAGCGUCUGCGGGGUUUUCUUGCGAGGCUGGAAAGUGGACGAAGAGAUGCUGGGUGUGCUCAGCAAGUGCCUGCCUGCCCUGGGCAGCCUGAAGACCCUAAACCUCUGGAGCACUGGGCUGACUGAUCACGUACUGCCUGCUCUAGGCACGAUGGUGGCAAGGUGCCCCCGGCUCUGGUCGCUCACCCUGGAGGGGAACCCUUUGCCAGAGCACUCCUUCCACGUGCUGAUAGGGGCCAGCAGCACGCUCUCCCACCUGUCUCUGCGCAACAACUGCAUUGAUGACAGGGCUGCACAACUUCUGGGACAGGGCCUCUCCAGCAUGAGCUCCUCCAACCGCAGCCUGCUGUCGCUGGUCCUCAGCUUCAACCGCAUCUCUGACGUGGGCGCAGAGCACAUUGCUGAGGUGGGGGCAAGAGGGCCAUGGGGGAGCCGAAUGCUGCCCGUGCCCCCUCCCAUCACCUUUCUCAUCCCCUCCCCUCAGGGGCUGCGCUGGAACCGCUCACUGCUCUCCCUGUCCCUGGCCCACAACCGCAUUGGGGAUGCAGGGGCAGUGAAGCUGGCAGAGGUGCUGCAGCCCUUCAAGCUGAGGCACGAGGAGGUGGUGGAGCGGAGGAGGCUGCUGAUGGAGGAGCAGGGACAGCCCCGUGCAGCUGAGUCCAGCAGUGGGCAUGCCCUGAGCCUGCAGGUCAGUGCAGCAGCAGGCAAGCUGUCUGCAACCAAACAGCGCACGGGCACAACCAAAAAGAAGGAGCUGCUGAGGAAGGACAAGAGCAAGCAGAGCAAGAAGUCUACUGCCCCUCCAGACUCCCGACCCGGCCGCAGCCGUGGUGCAAAGGGUGCCAUCGAGGAGCAGCAGGACACUGAAGCAGGUGAUCUAGCUGAGCCCAGCCACCCACUGCUGGAGCCAGGCUUGCACUGCGGUGGGAAUGUCAUCCUGCCUGGGAACCGGGUGCUGCUUAACCUCAACCUGUCCCACAACCGCAUCACAGAGCGAGGCCUGGGCGCAUUGCUGGCUGCAGUGGAGGGGCAGGAGCAGCAGGAGGGAGCUGGGGGGAGACAGGGGCUGCGAUGCCUCUCGCUGAAUAGGAACAACUUCUCCAGUGCCUGUGCCGCCUUUACCCGGCUCCAGGAGCUGCUGCUGCAGCGGGACCCCCUCCCCAAGCUUGUGGAGGAUGAGGAAGAGCGCAGCCAGGAUCCCUGA